GACGCCAAGAGGUUUCCCUUUGUGUUCGAGGCCCGGCCAGCUGCGUGAGAAGCGCUUCCGGGUCGCGCUGCCGGAAGCAGGAAGUUGUUGGCCCAUCCUCCUCGCCCGGCGGCUGGUGUCCCCGAGGCGGGAGGAGCCCGAGAGGGCGCGGGCCCGCAUGGUUAAACCACUGUUACAGAGUCAAGUUCAUUCUUCCGAACUUCCCUCCGAGACAAAGUUCCUUUCUGCCAGACUGGACCCUCUUUCUGGAGGGAUUUCGCUUUGGAAGACAUGGAUCUCGCUGCUAAUGAGAUCAGCAUCUAUGACAAGCUUUCAGAGACUGUCGAUUUGGUGAGACAGACAGGCCAUCAGUGUGGAAUGUCAGAAAAAGCAAUCGAAAAAUUUAUCAGACAGCUACUGGAAAAGAAUGAACCUCAAAGGGGACCACCCCAGUACCCUCUCCUCUUAGCUACAUAUAAGGUCCUCCUAACUCUGGGAUUAAUCUUAUUCACUGCCUACUUUGUAAUUCAGCCUUUUAGCUCCUUAGCACCUGAGCCAGUGCUUUCGGGAGCUCACACUUGGCGCUCACUCAUCCAUCACAUUCGGCUGAUGUCCUUGCCCAUUACCAAGAAGUAUAUGCCAGAGAAUAAGGGCGUUCCUCUGCAAGGAGGAGAGGAAGACAAACCUUCCCCAGACUUUGACCCCUGGUCAUCAAGUGACUGUGAGCAGAACGAGUCAGAGCCCAUCCCUGCCAACUGCACUGGCUGUGCCCAGAUGUUGCCCCUCAAAGUAACGCUCCCAGAGGACACUCCGAAGAAUUUUGAGAAACUCCGUCCUCUGGUGAUCAAGACAGGACAGCCUCUGUUGUCUUCAGAGAUUCAGCAUUUCUCGUGCCAGUACCCUGAAGUCACAGAGGGCUUCACUGAGGGGUUUCUCACCAAAUGGUGGCGCUGCUUUCCUGAGAGGUGGUUUCCAUUUCCUUACCCAUGGAGGAGACCUCUGAACAGAUCACAGAUCUUACGGGAGCUUUUUCCUGUUUUUACCCAACUUCCAUUCCCAAAAGAUGCCUCCUUAAACAAGUGCUUCCUGGUCCACCCAGAACCUGUAGUUGGCAGCAAGAUGCAUAAGGUGCAUGACCUGUUUACUGUUGGCAGCGGGGAGGCCAUGCUGCAGCUCAUCCCUCCCUUCCAGUGCCGAAGACACUGUCAGUCUGUGGCCAUGCCCAUAGAGCCUGGGGAUAUUGGCUAUGCAGGUGCUGCCCACUGGAAAGUCUACAUUGUAGCCAGAGGGGCCCAGCCUUUGGUCAUCUGCGAUGGAACCACUCUCUCAGAACUAUAGGACACAACUAUAAGAACUGCUUGAAGAGCUGAAAACCAGGCUGAAAAGAGUGGAGAGGAGAAUAAAAACACUGAAACAUUUUCCUUGGGUUGGUUGCUUAGUUACCUGCCCUGGAUUCUCUGCCUGUCAGCUGUGCUGGAGACAGCAGCUAGGGCCCACCUGUUCAUCUCUGUCCCUAGAUCCCUCAGGAAGGGUUGCAGCUUGGCUGCUGGCCAAGACUUUGUCCACAUGUGUCACCUCCAGGCCUUUGGACACCGAAGUGUGGAAAUGGCCUGGUGGCUCCUCUUCUUGGGCAUGACUUCUUGGCAGUGGAGGGGCAGCAGUAGGUCCCAUACCCUUCACCUGGUGGAUCUGUUUGUCUACUUUUUCCCUAGCCGCAUCACUCAGUACAAAAAGGAGGUCCGUGGUUGACUUUAAAAAUCACUACAGUUUGACAAGCAGAAUGAUUUUGGAACCAGUGUGGGGAGGAUCAGAUAGCCAGAAUUUCAUUUUUAAAAGCACCUGCUUAGCACCAGGUUUCAUGGUGCAUAUCUUUAAUCACAGAACUUGGGAGGCAGACCAAUAUCUAUGAGCUCUAGGCUACCCUGGUUUACAUAGUGAGUUCCAGGUUUGCCAAGGAUUAUAUAGUGAGACCCUGUUUCAAGCCCCACCCCCACCCCCAAAAAAGUACCUCCUAGAUUCUAGGGAUGUAGCUCAGUGGUGAAGUGCUUGCCUAGUGAGUGUGAGGCCCUGAGCGCAGUCUCAGCAUCCCAAAGAGGAAAAGGAAAGUGUCCUUCUUCCGUAACCCAUGGCUCCUGGAGUUUUUGUGAUAGAUGCUAGACACUGGGUUACAAUUCUAAAUCUUAGAGGUUCCUGUGCCUUUCCCACACUGCCCAUCAGAUUGUUUUUCUCAGACAUUCAGCCUCCCCUAGCUGGCCAGUACCCUCGCUCAGGCUGCAGUGCCCUUGUCAACUGCUGCCACGCCCCACCCCCUUCAGAAGGAAUGAGUUAGAAUAGCUGGCCUGAGGGAGACGGGCACCUCCCUGAGUUUGAUCUUUAGGCCUGACUUUCUACGGAGAUAUUUUUCAGCAGCCUCAGCUGAUGUAAUGUGUUUGGGGGAGGAGGUGCAGAGCCACAGUGCUUGCUGUCGGUGUGCAGCUCACUUUGUGUCCUACCAUGAUCCCGUCCUUUUACCAGGAGGCACAGUGAGAUGUUGGUUUUGUCAGGAUACACGACUGUCCUAAUGAGUGACCCACUGUGCUUAUUUAUUGCUCCUGAGUGCUUUGGGAUGUAUUCAUCGAACAGUGCAAAUAAGGAUGCUUUUGGUGUUUGCUGACAGGAACUCACUCUGUAGACCAGGCUGGCCUUGAACUCAGAGAUCCACCUGCCUCGUCUCCCAAGUACUGGGAUUAAAGGCAUGUGUCACUGUGUCACCACUGCCUGGCAGGGAUACUCUUUUUGCUUCAUCUACCACCGUUUUUGUUUUGUUUCAAGACAGGGUUUCUCUCUGUGUAACUCUGGCUAGCCUCAAACUCAUGUAGACCUGAUUGGCCUUGAACUCACAGAGUUCUACCUGUCUCUUCCUCCCCAGUACUGAAAUUAAAGGUGUGUACCAUUAUACUCA